CACAGCCUAGCGGGUACUACAAAUACAGUCGAGUUGUGGUGGUGUGGUGGUUAUGAUUGGUCCUGUGCGUGCGAGGACGGUGUUGUUGAUAUAAUUUCACCAUUUUGUUGACAAUUCUGGUAAAAAUACCAACAUGACAGACCAGGCGAAGGUGAAAGAAACCGUCAAGAAGACCAUCAGAGGACUGGUUGUGUCCGCGCCUUUGGGCCUGACGCCUCACGAAGUGGAGCUGGACUAUGCGAGUUUCGUGGGUCGUCCGUUGCCGUAUCGUCAGCUGGGAUACAACACAUGCCAAGAUUUCUUGCAAGACAUCCCUGACACCGUUCGGCCACAGUGGGAGAGGGGACAGCUCAUCGUUAGAGUUGUAGGAGGAGGCGAUUCAAUUCGUCGUAUCCAGAGCCUGGUGUCGAGGCAGAAAGUUGACGUGGUCAAAUGCCUGAAAAAGAGACGAGGUGCCGCCCGUGCGGGAGCACGAAUUCAGCAUGUUCAGCGAGAUGGGUACUCGUACUCGCCGUGGCGGCCCGGGAUGCCCGGGGGCGUAGCGGGACAGACGCGGUCAUCCCUACCGGGCAUCGCGUUCAACUCUCGGCCCCAACCCAGAGGCCCGCCCGCUGUGACACCCGCGGUCCCGGCCUACGUGCGCAACCAGAUCAAAACUCUCUUGAUUGCACACCCGAGCGGAGUCCUGAACUCAGAGUUUGACAGGCUUUUUGAAGAGAAAUUUGGUCACACGAUUUGCUGCACGAAACUUGGUUUCGAGUCCCUUGGGCACAUGUGCCAAAUGUUGUCGGACUUUGUCAGUCUAGAAAAAGUGACGAGAGGAGAGUUCCGCAUAUUUGAGAAAUCACAUUAUAAAAACCGAUCUCCAGAAGUUAAUAACGUAAAGCAAAUCCGCCAAGAAAAUAACGUCUCAUCCAUUCCAGAAAGUAGAAAGCUACCUCUGGCCACCAACAGUGUUGAGCAGAAGCAGCCAAACAAGUUCCAACAAAAUGUGGUUCCCAACGGCCCAAUCCACAAUCCCACCAAAACUCAAAGAAGUCCUCCGCCACAAAAUGCUGGUUUUGCAAACUCAACUAUGCAGUCAGAGCGGCAGACCAAACGACAAGCUCCAGACACAAGACCUAAAAUUCCAAGCAACUCAAGUGUGUCGCCGCCAGGCAACUCAAACGACAUGAAUGCCAUUGGCAGUGCCGAAGCAUGCAAGCUAACAUCUGACUUGUUUGAGACAAAGUUCCUUCUAGAAAUUCGGCAGGUCCUGGAGCAGCACCCAGAGGGCCUGUGGGCUUCUUACCUACCGGAUGAGUACAAGAAACUGUAUAAGAAGGCCCUGCCCAUGAUGUCACUAGGUUACUACAGCGUUACAGAACUGAUGGCCAACAUGCCCGAAGUUGUCGUUAUUGAAAGGGAGCAGAAACAAGGCGACUGGAAAUUAUACGAUGUCAGGACUUACAAGCCCAAGACAGUUGCAGAAUCAACGAAACCCACCCCGACUCCUCAGAGCUUGAAGACAUCCCAACCUGACCCCUCUCAUGGCUUUCGAGAUUUGAAGGAAAAGGUCCGUCAUCUUCUUGAGAAACACACCGAGGGCGUCUUGCUGAAGAACAUGGCUUUCUAUUACCAGAGGGAGUUUGGCGAAACCUUUCCUAUUAAAGAACUGGGUUUCAGAGAUGUGGAGAGUCUGAUCAUGAUGAUGCCUGAGAUUGCCAAAGUAGUAUACAAAGGAUAUGGUCGUCUAGUAGUUGUGCUCGUGGAAGAAACAUCAAUGAAACAAAAAGGGUCUUUCCCUGCGGAUGCUGUUGCUUGGGGCUUCAGCUAUAAUUACUGUGAGUAUCCACCAGUUAGAGAAUACAUUGAGGUCUACGUGGCUACAGUCUUCACACCACACAGGAUCAGCAUUCAACUCAAAGAGAAACGGAGAAACGACGCUCUUGAUAAUCUCAUGGAUGAUCUAGAAUCUAUCUAUGCCUACCCCGAAGGCAACAAAUACGAGUUUCCCGAGUCGAUGGUAGCCGUAGGACAAGUCUGCUGCGCGUUGUAUCUCAGCGACAAUAACUGGCACCGCGGUCUCAUCACCGGUAUCCCAAAUGUGGAUUUUAUAGAGGUAUUGUACGUAGACUAUGGAACUGUGGCAAACGUAACCAGAUCUUCACUCAGACUGCUCAAGUCCUGUUUUCUUAGACUACCCAUCCAAGCCUACAAUGGACGACUGGCAUACAUCGCGCCAGUGGAGGACAAGUGGACAAAGGAGUCUCGAGAUCUGCUUCUGUCUUUGACGGCAGGGAAGCCACUGAUUGCGAUGAUUACAGAAAUACAGAAUGACCAGUUGUAUCUGUUGCUAAGCGACACAAGCACGGAGGAGGAUGUCCACAUCAACGAUGCCUUGGUGGAGGCGGGUCUGGCAAGAUUUGCUCGCCCAGAGGGAGAACUUAAUGAAUCCCUCCCUCCCCUGUUGACGGAGGAUGAGAUGCCAGAACCUGAUAUGGAUCUCUUGACAUUGAACGAUGUGGUCGCCACGGAAACUGAUGCUGACACACAACAACAGGAUGCUGAUACACAACACCAUGAUGCUGACACACAAUACCAGGAUGCUAACAGACAACACCAGGAUGCUGAGAGACAACUCCAGGAGGAGGUUCCUAGUGCCCCAGAAGAAGAGGCAGAGGCAGACCUGCCAAGUGAAGAGAGUGGUUCAUCAAGUAUGCCUCAUUUGGAGACGUCAGACGAUGUACCCUGGCUCAUCAAACGCAUUGACUUUGACGACGGGAACCAGGCACAUCUGAUCAAUCAUGACAACGAGGCGUGCUUGUGUGUUGCCGAGGUGGCGUUCUUGAUGUGCGGAAGGGACGAGUCUGAACCGGAGGAAAUUCUUAUUCAGCAAGUCAGUAUGCUGGGUGUUGAAAUACCUUUGUUGACGGCCAUUGAAAAGGAAAGUCCGCGGCUCUUUGAAGAAAUGCGAAGAUGUGAGUUGCUGGAUAGGUCGGAAGAAAGUCCAGAUCUCGUUGCCAUGAUUCCGUUCACAGAUGCUUUGUUGCUGCUUAGUGCAUGUGACAAAGUUAGCAUGGAGGUUGUACAACAACUUCAAGAAAAGGCAGAGAUGCUUGGAGUCUUUGGAGACAUGUUUGGUUAUGAUAUUGGCGAUACUGCCGGGGAUGACCUGGACUUGAUGCUAGAUCCAGAAGAGUUGAAGACAAUUUUGGAGGCCUUGCAGUUUAGAAGGAAACGCAUCCUGGACGCCAUGAUGAAAAACACCGACGCAAACUACGUGGACGAGCUUUCGUACAUCGAGGCAAAAAUGGAAGAAAUCUCCAGAAGACAUCGUGAGGCAUCGUGAAUUAAGAGGCCUCUUCACCAUCACCUUGUAAAAACUAGAUAAGGCAGUGCAGUAAGUUCCAGAGCCCAACUCACAGUUUUGGAGUUUUGAACGUGUCAACGAGAACAUCAUUUUCUUUUUAAAAUGGUUUCAUGCUAAAUUUUGCAAUAUUUUAGUAUAAUACCUGUUUAAACUAACUUUCUGGAAAAUUUGUCAGUGGUAAAAACUACCUUUAAAGACCAGUCGCAUUAAUGUGGGAAACAUUGACUA